ACCAGAGGCGGCUCCGGACGGCGGCUGGCCUCGUCAGGGCCCGCCCGCCUUCCCUCCUCCUCUUUCGCCCGCCGCGGCCGCCUGCCAUUGGGAGCUGCGCCCAGGCAGCCGCUCUUGCUCCGCCGCCGCCGCCGCGCCGCCAUCAUGAGCUUCUUGUUUGGUAGCCGCUCUUCUAAAACUUUUAAACCAAAGAAGAACAUUCCGGAAGGCUCCCACCAAUAUGAGCUGCUGAAACAUGCAGAGGCAACUCUUGGGAGUGGCAACUUACGGAUGGCUGUUAUGCUGCCGGAAGGCGAAGAUUUAAAUGAAUGGGUUGCUGUGAACACUGUGGACUUCUUUAACCAGAUCAACAUGCUUUAUGGGACAAUUACAGACUUCUGCACAGAGGAAAGCUGUCCAGUGAUGUCUGCAGGGCCAAAAUAUGAAUAUCAUUGGGCAGAUGGGACCAACAUAAAGAAGCCAAUCAAGUGCUCGGCACCAAAGUACAUCGAUUACCUUAUGACCUGGGUUCAGGAUCAGCUGGAUGACGAGACGCUAUUUCCAUCUAAAAUCGGUGUUCCUUUCCCAAAGAAUUUCAUGUCCGUAGCUAAGACCAUCUUAAAGCGUCUCUUCAGAGUUUACGCUCACAUAUAUCACCAGCACUUUGAUCCGGUUAUUCAGCUUCAAGAAGAGGCACAUCUCAACACAUCCUUCAAGCACUUUAUCUUUUUUGUUCAGGAAUUUAAUCUUAUAGACAGAAGAGAACUUGCCCCGCUCCAAGAACUGAUUGAAAAACUCACUUCCAAGGAUAGAUAAGCGAAAACGAAAUUAUGGAAAUCUUGUUUUGUUUUCUUUAAGCAGGCAUGUGGGGUUUUUUAAGGGAUUUGGGUUUGAAAUUCUCUACCGCAUUUAAGUUCCAGGGGACUUUUAACUCCCGAGUAAGUGUGUGGAGGUUUGCAACCUUUUGUUUGUUUGUUUUAGAAAGGAAAGGAAACUUCUGUUUUACUUCAGGCAACCUAGAUCCAUUCUCUGUGCUUUUUCUUAGUGAAAACCUCUUUCACUUAGUGAGAUAUACACACACACAGUAAAUGGUUUUCUGUUCUUGUUCAUUGUUCUUGUUCAUUUUUAAGCAGAUGUUGUGUGUUAAUAAAGGAAAAAGACAUGCUUGUUGGGAAAUGUGACACACUGCUAGUUGGAAAGUGCAGGAUUGCCAGUUGUACAUCUUUUCUCAGAAGGUCCUUAAAAAGAGAUUUAAUCUUCUCUAAGUGCCUUGGUAGAUUCUCUUCUGGGGUACAAAGCACAUACAAAGAACAUUGCUGGAAACAGAAAACACAAAUAGCUACCCAGGACAUUUAUUAAUACUUGUUAUAUGUAAUAAAUAUGUGCAAACCUUUUCUAAAAGCCAUAACGUCUGUCAGUGAUCUCCAAUCUUUAAGAGAAAGCAAUGACUUUAGAAGCGAACAUAGUUUGGGGAAGAGAAGUCAAUGAGUGGCUCAUUUUUUCAUAUAUAUUUUUUAAAUAACAUACUGAGCUACCCAUCUAAUACAGGAGUCUCCAACCUUGGCAACUUUAAGACUUGUGGACUUCAACUCCCAGAAUUCCUCAGUGAGGAAUUCUGGGAGUUGAAGUCCACAAGUCUUAAAAGUUGCCAAGGUUGAGGACCCCGAUCUAAUACAUCUCCAAUAUUGUAGGGGCCAAGAAUGAUACUGGAUACAUUACUUUUGACAAUAUACAUUCUGCCAAGAUUUUAACUCAUUCUGAUCUACCGGUAGGAUUAUUUUUUUCAAUCAGUGCUUUAUCAAAUUGAACUAGAAAAAAAUUCAGUCUUUUCAAUUGAAAUCCUGCAGUGGCAUCUAGUCAAAAUAAAAGGGAAGCCGUUUCCAAGGAACAGUAAUAUUAAUAAAGGAAAUAUUUAUAAAUCUACCUUGGUUAUUUUUAAAAAAUGGGGACAAAGCAUC